UUUCCCCUCUAAUAUUGGCUCUGCUUCUCCGCCAUGCCGUCUCCCUCCCCUUGUUGCCCCCCGUCCCCUGUCCCACUCUCUCCCCUCGAUUCCUCCUCCUCACUCCCCCAAGACCCUCGCCGCCGCCCGAUCUCCGCCCUAACCCCCCUCCCCGCCCGCCCCGCCCGCCGGAUUCCCUGAUGACCGACGGAACCCCCGAGGCGCCGCCUCCAGGGGACGGAUCCUCCUCCGAGGAGCAGUGGAAGCCCGAGCAGCCCUCCCGCAAACCCCGUUUGCCCAGGGCUUGCACCGCACGUCCCGCCUCCGCCCACAAACCGGCGGUCCCCGCCGCCGAGCGCCGGCCGGUCACCCGCCGCGAGAAGGAGGAGCAGCAGCAAUGCAAUCGGAUCAUUACCCCCCUCGUCAACCCCCCGUCCCCCUCCCAGGGCCCGCGCUGGGAGCUCCGCACCAUGUGGGAGCUCGCCUCGGUCCUCAACUUCCUCCACGUUUUCAGGCCGCUUCUGAAUAUCGCCAUCGAGUUCUCGGCAGAAGAGCUCGAGACGGCGUUGAUCACGCCUAACAGCACCCUGGAUGACAUACACAUGCCUCUGCUAAAGGCUAUCCCUCCUGUUACCCGUAUGGCUUUGGGGCGUGCAACCUGGGUUACAGUAUUGUGCAGGAAGUUAAGAGAUUGGUGGCACUGGGUUGCUGAUGGUGAGAUACCGAUUAUUGCAUCACAUGGUGUGGAGGUUGAAACGUACAAGAAUCUUGAUCCUAGGACCCGUGUAGUGAUUUUGAAGGCACUUUGUGACAUCCGUGUUGAGCAAGAAGACAUUCGAAAUUAUAUAGAUGAUUCCUUAAAGCAUGGCAUUCAGCUUUCAGCGUUUCGCAAAGAACGGAUUGGAGGCAAUUCACAUGGGGUUUCAUACUGGUAUGAAGAUGAUCCUAUUGUUGGUCAUCGAUUGUAUCGUGAAAUUAGGCAAGUUGAAAUAAAGAAGGCGAAAGGGAAAGGAGUUGCACCCCUUCCACCUGCAUUUUUCCACUGGGAAACAGUUGCAACCAACUUAGAUGAAUUCCAAGAAGUUUCUGAGAAACUUUUUUCAAGUAAAAAUAGGACAGAGACCUCACUUGGAAAGAAGUUAAAGAUUGACUUUCUACCGGAGAUUGAGAAAAUACACAAAAGGAAAGAGAGGCUGUUGAAAAAGCAACAGAGAGAAGCCCUCCUUCUUGAUAGCUUUUUGACUGCAGAUGGGCUUUCCUCAGGUCGCUCGCUUCGUGAUAGAAAACCUGUCACCUAUACAUUUGAUGACUAUGACCGGUCAAUUAACGAGGCUAUAAAAAUAACCAAGAAAAGACAGCCCUCACCAGAGUAUGUUGUUAGAAAAUCAGUCAAUGCGAAGCCUGAGGUAUCUACUAAUGGUAGACUGAAUGGUCCUUUACAAAUUGAUCAAGCCCCUUAUGAUGCACAGUCUCCAAAGUCAAAUGAUUAUGAAGAAACUGAUGCGGAGCACCAGGCUGAGCUUCUUGACCGCAGCAAUAGGCGGAGGAAAAGGCCACAGAGGUAUUCAGAUGACUUUGUGGAAGCUGUUUCAGAUAUUGAUGCAGACUUUGACAGUGAUGAUGACAUAGUUGGAGAAGCAGUGUAUGAUGAGGAAUAUCUUAGAAGCCGGAAGCAGAAGAAGGUCUCAAGUGGUUCAGAGGGGGAUGAAGAGUACCGUUGGGAGGAAGAAAAUGCUGAAGAAGAUGAGGAAGAAGAGGAAUAUUCUUUGAGUACCAGUGAAGAUUUAGAGGAGCAGAACCAAUAUAAAAAGUUUCCAAGUCGAAGUAGGCGGGGAACAAAAUUGAGAUCUGUUGAUGAACUCCAGUCAGGCCUGAGACGUAGCAAGAGGGCCACCCGCCCACGUAUUAACUACCGACAAUAUGAGGUAUCAGACACGGACACGGACUCAGGAAAGCAGGCCAAAUCCAAUGCAUCAGAAGCCCAUUCAGAUGCAACGAACGAUCUGGAACUUUCGACAGCAAGUCAAGAUUCUCAGGAUGAGGAAGAUCAUGAAGAAAUGGCAGAUCAGAAAAUUAAUCAGGACUACAUAGAGGCCGUAGACAAAGAGCAGCACCAGGCAGCAAAAAAGACAGAUAGCCCUGGGCAAGAUGGGGAUGGUGUACAAAGAAGACGAUUCCUAGACCUGAAUGAGCUUGCCCCAGGAACUGGUUUUGACGACGGGCCUAGCACUUUGAUGAAGGAUGAGGACAUGGAUAACUUUUAGGUAUUCAAACAACAGUUGCAUCCUCUGGCAGCUCUUUCUAUGGAAGAAUUGAUUUAUAUUGUAAUUCAGCAUCCCAAACAGAAGGCUGCAGGGCUUUUUGUAAGGCAUAUUGUAAUCCUAAAUCUUGGUGGCUCAUGAAUGGGUUUUCUAGAGGCUGCGACUGUGUCAUGAGAUGAGCAGGCAGAUUCGAAGAUUAAGCUGUCCAAGGUUGUUCUCGAGAGGAAGUCUUAAUGAUGAGAUGGGCAGUCAGCUUCUUCAUACUGUCAUCCUGAGUGUUUUAGUACUUGGCGAUGAUUUCGAGGAAGUUCUGUUUUGAUUGUAUCCAAUCCUGCACAUCUGGUGUACAAUACACCUCAAUGCUGAUCUAUAACAAAAUUUGUGGAAUUUCAAUUUGUUGCCUUUCCCUUCCCUGCGGAGGCAUAACAAUUCAAAUUUAGUUGAGGAUAUAUAUUUACUUAUGAAAAGAAAGUAGCGCAUGUUGUAACUAUUUAUGUACUUUUAUAUUUAGGAGUCUUUUAGGUUUUUCUGACUACUUUAGUUUCUGUUUGUCCUUGCUUGAAUGGUCGCUUGAGUGGUCUGAUGCAGUUGAUUUGAAUGGGUCAUCUCACAUUCUGGAACUGCAGGAGCAUGAGAAGCAGCAAUAGUAAUUCAGACAAUGUUGUUUUGGU